AUGGAAAUGGGGGUUGUCUUCCUCACUUGGACUGCAGCAGGGCUCCUGGGGAACUCCACUCUCCUUUGCCUUUACAGCUACACCCUGCUCACUGGACAGAAGGUGAGGCUCACAGACCCCAUCCUCCACCAUCUGGUCUUUGCCAACAACUUGGUUGUUUUAUCCAGAGGGAUCCCUAACACAAUGGCAGCUUUCGGAUGGAAGAACUUCCUGGAUGAUUCUGGAUGUAAAGUUGUAUUGUACUUCCACAGAGUAGCCAGAGGGGUUUCUCUUAACACCACCUGCCUUCUGAGUGGCUUCCAGUUCACAAAGCUUUGCACUAGAAAUUCUUGGUGGAAGAUCAGCACUAGAUUCCACAAGUGCUUUGGUUUCUAUGCUUCCCUCUUCUGGAUCCUGCAGCUCCUGCUAAAUGCUUAUGUGCCUGUGAGAGUGAUUGGCCCAAGAUACAAGCAAAAUGUCACCAUGUACAUGCAUUAUAGAUACUGCUCCUCAGGCACACCACAAUCUUUUGCAACUUUAUUACAUCUAGUCUUAUUCUCUUCCAUGGAUUUUAUAUGCUUGGUUUUCAUGAUCUGGGCCAGUGGCUCCAUGGUCCUUGUCCUGCACAGACACAAGGAGAGGGUCCGACACAUCCAUAGCCACAUUCCCUCCCGAAGACCUGACCAUGAGGCCAGGGCCACACGCACCAUCCUGACCCUGGUGAGCAUGUUCGUCUCCUUCUACUGCCUCUCUGCCAUUUGCACCGUUUGGAGUGGUCUACUUAGGAAGCCAUGUCAGUGGCUGAUGGACACUUCUGUGUUCCUGGGUGCGUGUUUCUCUGUACUGAGCCCCUUUGUGCUCAUCAGCAGAGACACCCGUGUCACUCAAGGUUUUUACUUCUACACUAAACCAUCAUUUUUGUAA